AUGCCUCCCAAGAAGAGUGCCGACCAAGAUGGCUCCCCUAUCGGCCUCACUGAUGGUGAACUUCGAUUCAUCAAGGCCAUUUUCGACAACAUGACUCAAAAGCCCGACGCCGACUGGGAUGCCGUCGCCAACACCGUCAGUCUGAAGGACGCCAAGUGCGCGAAAGAACGCUUCCGUCAGAUGUCUGUCCGUCACGGCUGGCGCAGUGAUGGUGCUGGUUCCGGCCCCAGUCCUCGCAAGCCCUCCGCUUCUACUGCCAGUCCCCGCAAGUCUCCUGCUGCUGUCGGGAAGUCCAAGAAGACCAACACUGUUCGAGGCCCCUACAAGAAAAAGUCUGUCAAGAAGGUCGAUGAGGAUGACGACGAUGUUAAGGAGGAGGCUCAGUCCGAGGAAAAGAAGGAGAUCAAGGCUGAGGUUGAGGAUGAUGACACCAACUAA